AUGAACCGUCAAACUUACAGCAUGAGAGCCGGAGGUGGAGGCAAAAGUUUCAGCGCUGCUUCAGCUAUUAUUCCAAGCGGCAGCAGGGCUAGCUUUAGUUCGAUGUCUACGGCACGGUCUGGAGGAGGUGGAGGUGGUUUUGGAAGGCUCAUUGGAGGAGGUGGUGGUGGUGGUGGUGGUGGUGCUGGUUUUGGCAGCAGGAGCCUCUACAACCUUGGUGGUACCAAGAGAAUUUCCUUUGGUGUUGGAAGCAGCUUCCGGGCUGUUUUUGGAGGUGGAGCUGGUGGUGGCUCUGGCCUGGGAAGUAGUGGUUGUGGUGGUGGUCUUGGAAUUGGUCUUGGCGGUGGAGGUGGAGGUGGUGGAGGAUAUGGCUUUGGUGGGAGUGCUGGAGGGCUUGGUUUUGGUGGUGGACAUGGAGGUGGUGGAGGCUUUGGCUUUGGAGGAGUAGGUGGACUGGGAGGCUUCAGCGGAGGACUGGGUGGUGGAAGAAGUCCAGCAGGAUUUGGUGUCGGUCCACCUGGAGUUGGUACAAUCCAAGAAGUGACCAUAAACCAGAGUCUCCUGGCACCCUUGAACCUGGAGAUUGAUCCAAACAUCCAGCAGGUGCGAAAAGAUGAGAAGGAGCAAAUCAAGACCCUCAACAACAAAUUUGCAUCUUUCAUUGACAAGGUUCGCUUCCUGGAGCAGCAGAACAAGGUGCUUGAGACCAAAUGGACCCUCCUGCAGGAGCAAGGUCAAAAAAACAAUACAGGCAAAAACAACAUGGACCCACUCUUUGAGGCUUACAUCAACAACCUGAAACGGCAGCUGGCCAGCCUGCUUAAUGAGCGGGGACGCAUGGAUGGAGAGCUGAAGAACAUGCAAGACCUCGUUGAGGAUUUCAAGAACAAAUAUGAAGAGGAAAUCAAUCGGCGCACAGCAGCAGAGAAUGAAUUUGUGGUCCUUAAAAAGGAUGUGGAUGCUGCCUACAUGACUAAGGUGGAGCUUGAGGCCAAAGUGGAUGCCCUGACUGAUGAGCUUAACUUCCUCCGAGCCCUCUAUGAUGCGGAGUUGGCUCAGCUCAGUGCACAGGUGUCCGACACUGCUGUCAUUCUGUCAAUGGACAACAACAGAGACCUGGACCUCAGCAGUAUCAUAGCUGAAGUCAAAGCUCAGUACGAAGACAUUGCUAACAGGAGUCGGGCAGAGGCUGAGGCUUGGUACCAAACUAAGUUUGAAGAGCUGCAGGCCACUGCUGGGAAGCAUGGAGAUGACCUGCGCAACACAAAGGGAGAAAUCUCAGAGCUCAAUCGACUGAUCCAGCGAAUCCGAUCAGAGAUAGAGAACGUGAGGAACCAGUGUGCCACCCUGCAGACAGCCAUCGGAGACUCCGAGGAGCGCGGCGAGCUAGCCCUCAAGGAUGCCAAGGCAAAGAUGAUUGAGCUGGAAGAUGCCCUGCAGAAAGCCAAAGCUGACAUGGCCCGGCAGCUCCGCGAGUACCAGGAGCUCAUGAACAUCAAGCUGGCCCUGGACAUCGAGAUUGCUACCUACAGGAAGCUGCUGGAAGGAGAGGAGAGCAGGCUGAGCGGAGAGGGACUGAACCCCAUCAGUUACUCUGUGAUCAGCUCCACCUCUGGCAUGGCUGGUGGAGGAGGAGGAGGAGGAGGAUUUGGUGGACUGAGUCUAAGCGGAGGAGGUGGCGGAAGUGGUUUCAGUCUUGGAGGAGGCGGCGGAAGCGGUUUUGGUCUCGGAGGAGGUGGUGGUGGUGGAGGCUACAGCUUUGGAAGUGGAGGAGGACUUGGUCUCGGAGGUGGUGGUGGUGGCCUUGGAGGUGGAUAUGGAGGAGGAAGUGGUCUUAGCCUGGGAGGAGGCAGCAGUGGCAGCGGGCUGAGCACUGGAGGAGGGAAUUUCAGCUCUGGAAGUGCAAAAGGCACCAACCCAGGUGUGAAAAUCGUCUCCAAAACCUCCUCCAGCAAAAAAAGCAUAAAAAGCCAAAGCCUGAAGAAUUCCGUGCAGCCCGAGUAA